AUGACUUUCAUUGGUCUUCAAAUUUGGAUGGGCUUGUUUCGUGCUCCUAAACUGGCAGACUAUUGGUCAAAAAAGAAGAUAUAUGUGAACCAAAUUGCAGGCGUGAUGUCGCGCAACAGAUUUGAGUUGUUGUUGGCGAAUUGGCAUUUUCAAGAUAAUCAAACAGCCGACACUUCUGAUAGAUUGUACAAACUUGGACCCCUCCUGGAGCAGCUUAGAACGAACUUUCAAAAGUACUUCAUUCCCAAAGACCAGAUAUGCGUGGAUGAAACGCUUGUCCCUUUCCGUGGAAGGCUGGCUUUUAUUCAGUAUAUCAAGAAUAAAGGCACAAGUUCGGAGUGA